AACGGUGACAGGAAUUAACAUUUCAUUGGUCUGAUCGUCAUCAUAAAAAAACCUCCAGAAAAAGACGCAAACUAAGAAGAAGAAGAAGGCGGCACAGUUCUCUGGCGUGUCUGGUUGUGUUGUUUUGCAUAUAAUAUUACUAGACGAAAUGAACAUCGUACGAUCAUGUGUGCGUUUGUCUGGAACGAUUAUUUUAUGUCGUCACAGUGGUGCAGCUUCCGGUUGCAACAAACUGCGGAAUAUCAGCUCUUUGCUCUCAUCAUGGAUGGGUGGUGAGCAAAGAACACUAAUCUCUAAGACGAAUGGAAAUGAGGUGUUUCAGUCACCACCCUGGCAUUACCAGCAGGUCCGCACUGGGAAAAGGGGCACCGAAUAUCAACCAAACAACAUUAAGCGAAAAAGGACUCAUGGUUGGAUUAAAAGGAUCAGCACACAGGGUGGCAUUGAAGUAAUUCUACGUAGAAUGCUGAAAGGAAGGAAAUCACUGACACACUGAAUCACACUAGGACUGGAAUAGUGUGGCUUUAAGAAACCUAAUUUUUUGUUUACCUAAAUAAAGUAUAAUAGGAAAAUUUGAUUUAUUACAUUUUGAGUUGUGAAGCAUUUAAUAUCAGCAGUCCUGUCUGAUUGCAAAAAUUGGCAUAUCAAGCUGACUUUAUAAGUGACCCUUAACCUUUGUAUUCAUAAAUCUUGUUUAUGUACAUCAUAAGUAAACAAAAAGGGUUGGUUUGUAGUGAAAGCAAUUUUUUAAAGCAAUGUUGGCAUCCCUGUGUAUAUGGGGGAGAUAAUGAAAUUUCUGAAUGGGGUCCUUCAUGAUUAUGUCCUCUCCAUAAUAAAAUGUAGACAUGU